UAAAGAGUGUUACACUAGAUGAAACAGGCUCAGUACUAGACUUUGAUGAUGACAUCGACUUGGAUUACUUUGACGACAACUUACCCAAAAGUAAUAUAAAUACGACCACAACCAGCUUCAGUUCGAUGGCAAGGCCUCAUUCAGUCAUGUCCCACCAUUCAAAUACUAGCAGAAAAUCAACAUUUCAUGUGUUCAAGAACAAUAGAAACUCAUUCAGUAGCUUCGAUUUACCUUCUCGUGCUGAAUCACCUGUAGCUUCUAUUUACGAUCCAGAUAAUAUUCCAAACAUGAACUUUGAUGAUCUCGUAAAAUCAGGUGGAACAGUCAAAGUAUCCCUGACACCGAAUCGAUUAAGGUCAAUUGAAAUCAAAGAUCAAACAAAGGAUGAGGAACCUUCCCUCACAUGGGAACGUCGAUCCAUGUCUUCUCCAAGACUGUCUACUUCUUCCAAUCUGUCUCAGCAAACGUCUAAAAAAUCAAGCAACAUUGUCCUUGACCACAAAACCAUAGAUGUGCCGAGAAUGAUACCCAAGGGACCUGCAUCACCCUUGGGCAAAAAGAGUUUCACUGUCAAUGAUCUCAAUCGGUUCGAGAAUCCAAGGGAGGCUCCAAAGCCACCCAAAUCAGCAUCUACUAGUAGUGUGCCCGCCUCUGGUGCUGCUGCUGCUACUACUACCACUACUACCACCACCACUACUACCACUAGUGUACCUGCCACCAUUGAGGUUGCUCCUGUAACCAAAAAGCCACUGACGCCUCUUUCUGCCAUGUCUGUCAACAACACAUCAAGUGGAAAACUAACCCCUCUUCCAAAACUACCCACUCCUCCAAACUCGCAGACAAAGCCAGCCAGUACGACAACCUUGCCUUCUUCAAGCAGUUCGGAUUCCAUUUCGUCCAGCAACUCUUCUUUACCCAGUCUUGCUCCCGGACCUGUUGUCUCGUCUCCUCAUGAUGACGAGCACGCCAAACAGUCUGCGGUGAUCAAUAUCCAGGAUAACACAGGCAUGAUACCAAAAUCCACAAGGUCAAAUACCAUCAAUACCUCAGGCAUUGUCAUGCGAAGAAGUAGUCUUAGCAGUCGAAAGAGUAGAGAAAGUCUACGACGAAAAAAGUCAAUGGAGACUCAAGAAGCCAAGCCAACGGAUAAUAAUAGACCAGAAGAAACCCCCGAGACAAAGCAAGUGCAGUUUCUAAAUACCGAAGAAGAAAAGAAGAAACAUAUGCCGGAAAGACCUUCGAGUAUUGUUGCUAAAAGAGCCUCUAUGAUCGGCAACAUUCGACGUCGAUCACUUCAUGAGAACUAUGCAACUGAAAAAUACAAUCAUGAGGUUGGUCAAAGAGGGUCAGUGAGUGUAUCCAUUAAGCAGUGGGACGAUAUCUUGAAAUCGGAAGAACAACCAUUGAUCCCCCCUGCUGCUCAACGUCGCUCCAUGCUCCGACAGAUGCGUCAACAACAGCUUCAGGAAAUGCAACAGGAAAAAGAAGGAGUGAUCAGUAAUGCGGUGCUGGACAAGGUCUUAAAGUUUGAACGUGCCUCUUCGCUGGACGAUGGCGCGCAUCAGAGAGUUUCAAGCCUACCCAGAAGAGAACGAUUCCUUUACCUUCAACAGGAUCCCUCUGCUAUUGAACGAAAGUCAACAUCGCUUCGUCCUGGCACUCGCACAAAGGGUAUUGAUGUUGCCGUUCAGACAGAGCCUAUCAAGAAAGAGUCUGUAGAGAAAAGAGAAGAAGAACAAGGCUUAAUUGAUGGCGAUGAAGAGUGGUUCCUUCAAGACGAUGAAUGGGAUGAGCAAGAAGAGACGGCUAUUGUCGAAUGGUUGCUUGGUGAAUGCUAAGGGGGAUUAGAACACUUUAUCAAUAAAUAUAAACCAAUCACAUCCUUCUACAUCACUUUUUGAAAGUCAUUUAUUAAAUUUUCAAACUUGUUUUUUCUCUCUCUUUCUUUACUAAUGAGUUCCUUAUUAUUACCUACCGUCUAUCUUGGUGGAUGUAUCGCUGCCAUGAGCGCGUUCUCCUAUGUC